AUGACUAAUGUUGGAACAAUUACAAUAUUUUCAACUAAUAGACAAUCCAGUGAAAAUGCUUCUCAUUUGCCUUCAAUCUUUGAUUACUUGGCUCAAGAUUCGCUGAGGGCUCAAUUAAAACCUGGAAUUUUAGCUGGAAUUAAGGGAUUAUUCUCCAGUAAAUUCCCUACAACAGAAAUAUUUCGUUUUUUGGAAAAACAUUUUGAUUUAAUUUUUCUUUUAUUCCAAUCUACAAUUGAAUUUCAUUAUUUGCAAAGAUUUUCUGGUUCUUUUUCUGAAAAUUUUUAUGGAAUGAAAAGAGUGCCAAUUAAUAAUUCAAACCCGUUACUUUCUUUUAGUCAAAAAAUUCGUUCUUUAAUUACUUUGGUUAUUUUACCUUUUAUUGCCGAAAGAUUAACAAAAAUAUAUGAACAUUUAAAAAUAAAUUUUUCUGGCUCAAAAAAUAUUUUUGGUUGGCGUUUUCUUCUUUUACGUUUAUUUCCUUUUUUGAGAACUUUUAAUUAUUUUGCCAUUAUUUUAUUUCAAAUUGGCUACACAUUCUCUUUUAUUAAAUUUCCCUCAUGGCUUUUAUUAAUUUCUGGUACUCGUUUAGAAAUGUUGAAUUGUGAUGAUUUUGCUAAAAUUGAAUUAAAUAAAGGAAGAAAAAAUAAAUUUAAUAGGCAAGUUUUUUAUUUUUAAAGUUAAAAAAUUACGGUACUACUCCUUUUAGAAAGUUAAGGGGAUUAAGGAUUUGGCCAUUGGGCCAUAUACUUUUGCGCCAGCCUGUAUGUAAGUUUAUCUACUUUCUUUGAAGAAAAGGAAGGGAGCAAAAAAAUAAAAUGGGGGGGGGGGGGUGUGUGAUAGAAGAAUAUUUGUACCAAAAUUAUUUUUUCUUUAUUUACAAUUUUACAUUUUUAAAUUCUAUUUAAAAAUAAAAAUUUUUUAAAGUUUUUUGUCUCGUUGUUUGCAACUUUUAUUUUGGUUACCUUCUACAAUUGGCCGAAUUCUUUCUUUGGGACUUUUUUUAAUCCAAUUUCUUGAAAUUUGUUAUAAAGAUGAAUUUGGAAUUAUUUUAAAUAAAUUAAUUAAUGGAAAUAAUAAAUUAAUUAAUUUUGAAGAAUUCCCAAUAAAUGUAUAGAAAAUAUAUUUUGUUUAAAUAAUUUAUUUAAAGAAAUUACCCGUUAAUCAACAAUCCCUUUGCCGUGCCGGAAAAUGCCCUAUUUGUGGACAAAUUCGGAAUGAGGAAGCUGUUUUGAGUAUUUCUGGAUAUAUUUUUUGUUAUUCCUGCAUUUAUAAAUUUGUUG